UCCUACCGUCAAGGGGUGAUGCAAGUAAUUACAAGGUACCCUGCCGCCUACGCGAUAUUUGACAUUACCAUUAUUGAAAUGGAUCGAUUACUUUUAGCUUUUGUUCCGGGCUUUUCUUAUCUCGGAAUCAGUUUUAAUCAUAUCAUAUAUCUUACUUGGGAGAUUUGAGUGGGCCGGCGGUAGAAUAGAAGGAGCCAGUUGUGGAAGACGAGGCCAUAGUUCUUUGAUAAGUUAAGAACAACUUGUCCCAAAUUUCUCAAAACUGGUGGCGAAGUAAGAUUUUAAAAUGUCAACAUACAGCCUGUCUCUGACCGCACAAGAACCGCAAACGCAAACUCACCGGGUGUCUAUACCGGGAACACCUCAACCAUUAUCUCAACCAGGAACGCCUAAUCACAGAUCCUCUCCUCCAAGUACACCAAGUAAUCGAUUUUCAUCGCCUGUCGAGGCUUCUUCAAUUUCAGGUAUUAAAAUCGAGCUUUAGUUGAAGCAACUGCUGACAGUUGAAGAUGGCUUGGAUAUCGUACCUCCAAGGCAACGCCGUUUCAAAAGCGCUAGACUUGUUGGCGAGUAUGUUGAGGAACUCUAGAUCAAAUCAAUGGAUACUGACUAUGGGAAAGUUACGAAAAGCCAUGGCUAGAGAAGUUUGCCACUGAUGGAAAGCGCAAGAAAUUGUCUGGACGAACUUGGGAUUCUAUAAUCUUUUGGACAAGUAUUGCCAUUGGAUUUGGACUAGGAGGGAUUAUGUGUUACAUAGGAUUCACAUCAGUCCCCAAAAAUUUGUACUGCCUCAUGUUCGAGGAUGACUUUCAUAAUAUUGACCCAAGAAUAUGGAGCUAUGAGAUCCAACGAGGCGGGUUUGGGUAUGUGAUGUCAUAUAAUCAUUUUUGGGGAGGUCUGUUAACUGACAAUCCUAGCACUGGGUCUUUUGAAUGGACCACAAAUGACCCCCAAAAUGCUUACACUGAUGCUGAAGGGCUUCACAUUGUCCCAACAUUGACAGUGAAUUCCACCAACAUCACACCCGCUCAGAUUCUGAAUGGGUAUACGUUAAACUUGACUACCGACAACAGAGCUGAUGGAGUAUGCACUUCUGAUGAUGCUGGUACAUCUUGCUCUAUGUACAGCAAUAUUACCGCCGGUACCAUUAUCAACCCUGUUCGAAGUGCGAGAUUGUCUACAAAAGGAAAAAAGACUAUAAAAUAUGGUAAGAUUGAAGUCGUUGCAAAAAUGCCAAAGGGCGAUUGGUUAUGGCCAGCCAUUUGGUAUGUUUUUCUCCUCUCUUGGCCUUUGAAGUGCUUAAUUUCAAUAGGAUGAUGCCCGAAGAUUCCGUGUACGGGCCAUGGCCUGCCAGUGGUGAGAUAGAUCUUGCUGAAAGCAAAGGUAAUGAUGGGGCUACGUACGACGGAGGUCGAGACAGUAUUAUUUCUGCUCUAGUAUGGACUCUAUAAAUUGUACCCAGACUUGCGCUGACUGUGAUGAAAAGCAUUGGGGCCCAAUCCCUCAAGUGGAUGCUUUCUGGAAAACCGAUGGAAAGCACAACAUUCGACGAACCGAUUAUACUGAAAGCUAUUACACAUACGGAUUGGAGUGGAGUGAAGACUAUAUCUUCACAUAUAUCAACAGUCGUCUCUUGGUAUGAUUUCCAUAAAUUUUGUAGUUGUUACUUGUGGCCUAGCAAAAACUGAUUCUCGUGCAGCAAGUAUUCUACCUCUCUUUCAGCAAGGGGUAUAAUAGUAUGUGGAAUCGAGGAGAAUUUGGUAAGACAAUCGUGAAUAAUUCGGCUCUACACGACCCAUGGAGCCAAACAGGUAAUCCUGCAACUCCGUUUGACCAGGCCUUCUACCUCAUACUCAAGUAAGACUACCUUGAGCAUCAAGCAAUAUAAUAUAGACUUUACUAAUACAAAUUCAACAGCGUUGCAGUGGGAGGGACCAAUGGAUAUUUCCCGUGAGUUUUCAUAUAGCCCCAGUUUUAGAGACAAUAAAAGCUAAUGUCGGUGAUAGAGACAAAGUUGGGAACAAGCCGUGGGGAGAUGCUAGUCUUACGGCCCCAGCAGAGUUUUGGAACGCUUCAAGUCAGUGGGGCCCGACGUGGGGGCCGCCCGAAGAGAGAGGUAUGACUAUUAAAAGUGUCAAAAUGUAUUCACAGGGGGCUUGUGGAAGCGCAAGCUGAGACAUAAACUCCGGAAGAAUAACGUCGCUGGAGUAAGCAAGAUAAGGGUGUUAAGAAAGCUAGGAUAGAUAUUAAUUGGGUUCUAAUACUGUGUAGUAAUAUAGAUCAAAUGCUGGGGAUAUAAACUAAAAAGGUAGAAGGGUUAUAGGUAAUGGAUGUUCUUUUUUCACAAAUCA